GUAUAAUGUGUUUAUCCAUCAAUUUGUGAAAAGUUUUGAGACGACUCGCACUGUAUUUUGGUUCAGUCUGUCUAACUUCGUAGUCUACAAUACAUGUAACUUCCUGCACUUUUUUGUACAGUUAUCCAUUAUCACUGUACGGCUUGUGCACACAGUAGUAACUGCAACUUGCAAGUGCAACUGCGCUAAGACACGACACUGCCAGCUGUGAUGGUAGCUAGCUUCUGAUUAGACCGGUAUGGAUGUACGUCUACACCAAGAAGUUGUUCCCAUGGACAUUGAUGUGACUGAUGAUAACAGCGCACUAAAGAUGGGGACAGCGUCGCCUGACCCACUACAAAAAUUGUGCCUUCUGUAUGUGGCCAGGAACCUGCCUAAAUUUUGCUGUGAAUAUGUAUCCUUAGAAGGAGAUCACACCGAACCCAAACUCUGCCUGAAAUCACCCGAGAUCAAGCUCCAUCGUGAUCUGGCCGAACAGCUUCUUAGAACACUGAGCGAGACGCGACAGCUGAGGGACUCGACACUAAGCCUAUUUGCCAAUCAGAAUCUUGUGUCUGUCCGGAAGGCAUGUCUGAAAUACGCCACACUGUCCUCCAGAGGGCUACGUGCCCUGUCCGGCCACCAACUCACCGAACUUGAUGCGGCGGGCGUCCGGAAUGUCAACGUCAACGACAUCAUCGGAGCUCUGGGAGAGUGGACCAGGAGAAACCUGCGCUCGUUGAACGUCAGUAAUUGUACAUUCAUGAAUAACUCCAAGUUCUGCAUAGUGAUUUCACUUCCGCAACUCAGGCUGUUACGCCACCUCAACGUCAGCUAUACAGAGUUUGGUAACAAGCUCGGAUUGGAGGAGGUUGCCGAAGGGUUGACGCAGCUAGAGAGCUUAGACAUCUCGGGUACCCUGGUCCACAUUAUAGCACCGCUGACCAAACUCAAACGGUUGAAAUCAUUGUCAAUGUACCACACCAGGGUUGCGGAGAAGGAUAUCCCAUCGACAGUGGCCCAACUUCCAGAGCUAAGACACCUCGACAUCUCUCAGGACAUGCAUCCCGUCAAAGACAGCGCCCAUGAAACAGGUAUCAAUGUACUCUUGAAGUCAGCAGAAGACUCUGUUCCAAACCUCAUGUCCCUUGAUAUCUCGGGUAGGGAUAACAUCAGGGAUGAAGCGCUCUGGCAUUUUGUGACGAGUAGACCGAGGUUAAAGUUCAUUGGACUCACCCUGACGCAAGGGGUGCAGAAAGAAAGACAGUCGUCGAGAGAGAUGUGUUUUGAAGACUAUCUCAUAGAAGACAGGCAUGAUAACUUCAGACCGGAACUCAAGGUGUCAGGCUAUGCAACCGAGAGUCAAGUACUAGAGGCACUGCAGAGGUACACUGAACGCUCCAACUAUGUUCAUAAGCUGCUGUGUUCUCUCUUCAACAUGACGCAGUUCUUAGAGAAGCCCAGACCUGACAUCGUCAAGAUCAUACUGCCACAAAUGAAAGCACAUCCACGGAUUAUAGGAGUUCAGAUGGCUGCAAGCGCUUGCCUGUACAACCUGACUAAGCAUCAGCUAGGAGAAGGUGUCCAUGUGUCAGUUCUUAGUUCAAUGGUUGGUCUGGUACUGGAUGCAAUGGAGACAUUCUACAGCCAACAACAGCUUCAGAAGAAUGCCCUAUUGACUCUAUGUAGUGACAGAAUCCUCCAAGAUGUGAACUUUGAUCGUUACCGUGCAUCUAAGAUGGUGAUGGAUUGCUUGUUUGUAUUUGAUGAUCCGUCGAUGACGAGGAUGUCGGUUGCAAUCUGCUCUAUCCUGGCUGCUAAGAUAUCUACUGUCCAAACUACUCUGCUGGGGACCAAAAGAAACAUGCAGAAACUGCUUCAGAUCGUGCGUCAGAAAGCGGACAUCCGUUCUGUGGACAUCACUCUCAAGUUCACCUUGAGUGCGCUGUGGAAUCUCACCGACGAAUCACCACCCACCUGUACUAUCUUUGACAAUGAGGGCGGGCUUGAUCUCUUCAUUGACAUACUGGAGAUCUUCCCUGAUGAAUCCACACUCCAGACAAAGGUUUUAGGACUCAUUAACAACAUCGCAGAAGUGAAGACAUUGAGGGAUAACCUGAAGAGAGAAGACUUCCUCAAACACUGCAAACGACUGCUAGAGAAUGAUCAGAUUGAAGUGAGCUACUUUGCAGCUGGGAUUGUGGCACACCUACUCAAGGAUGGUGAAGAUACGUGGGCCUCGAAACCUCAUCUAAGAGAAGAGUUCCAGCAGUCACUGCAUGACAGCAUCUUGAAGUGGAAGAACCCAGCAGGAGAGAUGGUAGCCUACCGGUCUUUCAGUCCAUUCUUCCCUCUCUUGAAAUGCUACAAUAUCCCUGAAGUUCAGCUCUGGUCAGUUUGGGCUAUGCAACAUGUCUGCACGAAGAAUGCGAGUCGCUACUGUCCCAUGCUGGUGACUCAAGGAGGCGUGGAUCUACUGAGUGAGAUGGUAGCACAACCACACCUACAUCCCGAUGUACAUAGAGUUGCCACAGGAGUCCUGGAGGUAGUACGGCAGAGUAGGAUCGCUGUGGCCAGUCCUUGUGAGAUCAAGAGGAAAUGAAUCUACCAAUGUCUUUCAUCAAUGGCUUAUGUCUUAUUGGCACGUUCUAUGUGCAACAUCUCCUGCCAGCCAGCCAGCCAGCCAGCCAUGCAUUUUACCGUUGCAAAGUUCUCUUGGUUUUCAAACGAAUUGUUUGAAGGAGAAAGAUGGUUUUUAUGAUUGUUCUAAUAGUACUAAGAUGUGGGUCAGAGAAAAUGAAAUUUUAAUUGCACUGCUCGCUCUCUCUCAGAAUAACCAACUGUUCAAUGGAAGGAGCAUAUUUCACUCUUUAUGAAAUAUGUUUCAACGUAAAUGUUUUAUCACCAUGUACUGUCUAUGAGGAAUCAUUCUAACUGGUUGGGAAGCCCUUAUCAAGCACUUGCCUCGAUGAUAAUUUCAUUAAUGAUCUUCAUAAUAAAAAUAACAGUUUACUUUGCAUGCAGCAAUAUGUCCAUUCCACGUUACUGAUCAAGGCACUUGACAGUCUAGACUUGCCCGUUCAAUGGAUUUCAGAAUAACAAUAAUAAUCAUAAUAGGUCUUGUUUACCCAGGGUAGCCUCAUCAGUAUUCAUACUGUUCUCCCUGAGGGCCCUGCAAUCAUAUUAUUACCCCGGUCAUCGGAUUCAGGCUUACCCGCACACAAUGUAUGCAAAUUCUCCAUUCCCUGGGGAGCGUUCCAGCCAGUGCAUCAUUUUUACCAAUGCACACUUGCUAAUCUAAGCACAUUAGCUUUCGCAUCCUACUUUCUUGAUGUAAUGAUAUCAGUCACUUGAUAGUAAGGUUCAUAUUACUGAGAAGGGCCAUUCUAGAGAUAUUUCCUCUAGUUUUAUUCUCAAAUUACCUAUGGAAAACAAAAGACUUUAAAAACCUAGACAUGUCCCUCUUCAAACAUUCUAGAACAUCAGCUUUAAAAAUGAUUGAUUUUAUCCCCCCCCCCCCUUUGAAAAGAAUACCCUCCCUGCACCUUUCAUAAUGCACACAUGAGAGUAUACAUUUGUAGGAUUACAUGAACAUAAUGCACUCAGUAGAUUUUAAGUGUCUAAAUGUCCUUUGUCGGCUAAUACUUGAUUGUAACCAGUGACACUCUAUAUCACUAAGGUACCUUAAAU